ACAAAGGACUACAACUCCCAGCAGCCCCCUGUGAUCAUAUGACAGCUGUGUGUUUUGUCAUGUGACCUCCUCGCUGCUCUGUCAGUUUCCUUUUUUCGCAGUGUCACAGGCUCCAAACUGAAAACACUUGUUUCUGUCCACAGCUGCCCUCCACGCUGCAGGAACUACUCUGAGACUCGGGCUUCCUGUAGUUUAACUGCGACUUAGUUUGUGUUUAACUCCUCCAUGUCUCACUGACUCGCUCCCAGCUCCAGCGGCUCCGCCGGCAGGCCUCGCUGUUCGCCGAGAGAGCAUCAGUCCUCACGCCGCGGUUGGGUGGGUCCGGCUCGGCCACGGAGGCGGCAUGGGCCCGGUGCACGCUUAGCCCUCCGGUGUUUGUGAUUUGAAAGCUCCAGGAAGGGAUGGAAACGCGUCUCCGGUGGACUGCUUAGCUUGGAUGUCACUGCUAUCGGAGUUUGACUGUCAGAAUGAACGGCACUCAACAGAGUGAUACGAAGAGGCAGCACCUCCUGGAGAGGCUGCUGGAUGCUGUCAAACAGUGCCAAAUCCGCUUUGGAGGAAGAAAGGAGAUUGCCACGGACUCAGACAGCAGGGUGAUCUGCUUGUGUGCCCAGUUUGAAGCGGUGCUGCAGCAUGGUCUGAGGAAGAGCAGAGGUCUGGCCCUCACUGCUGCAGCUCUGAAGCAGGUUGCAGGCUUCAGCAGCAAGACUGAAGCAGAGCUGACUUUCUGGUUCUACGUGAAGGAGCAUCUGAACCGCCACGAGCUCCAGCGCUUCUACUCCCUACGCCAGAUCUCCUCAGAGCUCGGCCGGGGUCGAGCCUGGCUGCGCUGUGCCCUCAACGAGCACUCGCUGGAGCGCUACCUGCACACGCUGCUGGCCGACCGCCCACGUCUGGGAACGUACUAUGAAGACUGGGCUUUUGUUCUGGAUGAAGAAAGAGCAAGUAUGCUGCCCACCAUGGCUGCAGGUUUGAACUCCAUCCUGUUUGCCAUCAACAUCGACAACACUGACCUGAACGGUGGGGUGACACGAGGAGCCUCCUCAGUGUCCCACCUGCUCAAAGAGUCCACGCAGGGCAUCGGCAGCCUGUGGAAGGAGUCGACUCAGGGAGUCAGCAGCCUGCUGCGGGAGAUCAGCACUGCCACAGCUGUGGUGCCCGGCUUCACCCCCAGAGUGGACGGAGCCUCAGACCCUCUACCUGUGCUGCCACGCAGCACCUCAGCUGACUCAGGGCUGAGGAAAGAGCGCCGGAGGAAAAAGAAGAUCACCAACAUCAUUUCCUUUGAUGAUGAUCUGGAUGGAGGAGCUGAAGAUGAAGAGGAGGGGGAGGAGGACUCCCAAAAGACGGGUGCGAUGAGGAAGAGUCACACGGCUCCCGCUCAGAGCAGUGUGGAGGAAGGGGUAGACCCUUUGGAGCCCGCCUUCUCGGAGUCUCCUGCCCAGAAUGGCCUGGCUGAGCUGGGCAUCGUGAGCUGGGUGGGGUCCCCACAUCCCUGCCGCACACCUCCCAUAGCUACGCCUCCUCUGCCUGACAGCAAGAGUAUAGACAACGAGGAGGAGGAGGAAGAGGAGGAGAUGUACAAACCCAGAGCACAAACCCAGGAGGAGGAGAGGAUCGCUUCUGAUCAGGUGGUGGUGGGCAGUCUGUCCAGUGUGUCCACGUGGAGCCCUCUACAGGUCAUGGCUGAACACAGCAGCUCGGAUAUCCUCAUUCCUCUGAACCCUGCAGACCCUCAGCCAGUGAGCUCUGUGGAGGACACGGCUGCGUUUCCUGCUCAGUGUGAGUCGACAGGAUCGGUGGGAAACUGUGAGAGCAGCAGAUCACAGCUGACAUUCAAUAUGGAGUCCAGUCCACCGACGCACUCUGCUCCACUCUCCACCGUGUUGCCAACAUCUGGUUUGCCAGAGUCCAUGACAGUGGUGGAGCUGCGACAGGCCAUUGUAGCCAUGAUGAACAGGAAGGACGAGCUGGAGGAGCAAAACACGUCUCUUCGCAGUCUGCUGGAUGGGGAGAUGGAGCACUCAGCGGGCCUGAGGCAGGAAACUGAUCUGCUGAAGAAGAGGCUGGCAGAGCUGGAGGAGAGACACUCAGCCAAGGUCCAGGCGCUGGCCAGGGAGAAUGAGGUCCUCAAGGUCCAGUUGAAGAAGUAUGUGGGGGCGGUGCAGAUGCUGAAGAGAGAGGGAAGCCAGGGCAAUGAUGCUCUGUCGGUGUUGCGGUCAAGUGAAGAGCAGGCCCCUGUCCCACAGAACAAGUUCAUGGGUGACAUCGAGGAGCUGGCUGCCAGCUACGAACGCAAACUCAUCGAGGUGGCCGAGAUGCACGGUGAGUUGAUCGAGUUUAAUGAGCGCCUGUAUCGCUCCCUCAUGGCCAAAGACCACCUCAUUGUCCAGAUGAGACAGGAACUCAUUGACCUGAGAGGACCGGUUCCAGGUGAUUUAAGCCAGACGUCGGAUGACCCUAGCCUGUCAGAUUUUGAGACGGCUCAUCGCGCUCUCAUCAACGUGUGGAUCCCCUCUGUGUUCCUGCAGGGCAGAGCUGCCAACGCCUACCACGUCUAUCAGGUAUAUAUCCGCAUCCUGGACAAUGAGUGGAAUGUAUACAGACGUUACACCGAGUUCAGAGAGCUCCACAACCACCUGAGAACCCAGUUUCCGCAGGUGGACACCUUCAACUUCCCACCCAAGAAAGCCAUAGGAAACAAGGAUGCCAAGUUUGUGGAGGAGAGGAGGAAGCAGCUGCAGGGCUACCUUCGCAUGGUCAUGAACAAACUGAUCCAGACUCUGCCGGAGUUCACAGCCCGCCCCACCAAAGAGACCCUGCUGUCUCUGCUGCCUUUCUGUCUAGACACACCCCAGGCCAACGAUGGCGGAGCCAAGACGCCGCGCUCCAAAACUUCAUCCCGCUUCCCCAGACUGGGACGCAACCGCAACCAGGAAGCCAGACCCGAGCCGCAGAGUGGUGACCUUUAACCCCCACCGCCUUUGAAUAUCUCUGUAGAGGCUGCGGAUCACGAUGUCCCGGCGUCUCUGUUCUGUGACACACGUUCUUCCAGAGUGUGAGGACACUUAGGGCGUCUAAUGGACCUUAAAAGCAGAUAAAAAGCCUCAGUGGAGGAAUCGAGAUGGAUGCGUUCACAUCGCAGGCCUCUCUCUAGGAGAAUAUGUAAAUGUGUCUGUGUGUCGCCUGGCUGACUAAGGGAUAAAUGACUUGCCUGAGGCUGCCUAUCGAUGGACCCAAUCAUACAGCACCUCUUACCUCACUGGGAGACCAAAAGACUCUCUGUAGACUGCACAUGGAGUAGCCUGGACGGCUCUCUCUUAUCUCAAACACACUGAGAUAAUGGGGACACGUUUUUUUAUUUUAUCUUACUCGGUUCAGUUUUGUAGUGUACCAUGGUCACAGUGCCUACAGUGUUUUGUAGCUGCUUUCCUGCUCUGGUUAGGGUGAGAGGGGUAUGCAGAGAGGUGAGGAGGGGGUAAAUUAAAGUCUUCUCUUGGGGAAUGAGUAUUGUUUUUCAGCUAACGUGUCAGCAUUAUGGUGCCAUUACAUUUUACACAACAGUGAUUCACAAUCAGUGGUGUGGACCACCAGGCAACGGGCAUUCCUUUUUUUUUUCCUACUUGUGUUAUAUCACAAUUUUGGCUUUUGUAAGUAAUCUGCAGAUGUGUAACAUAUCUUAAUGCCAUCAGGGAUGCAGUAAUUAUCAACAAAUAUGUUUUUAAUUCCACAUAAUAGUCAUAUUUUAAAAAAUGGAAUUACACAGCAUUAAUACAACCAAACAUCUUAGGGUUAAUGCUAAAAUGUGUUAUUAAUAUUUUCUUGAAAGGAACAAAUUGCAACACAACCCAAUUAUCGGAAAAUAUAGUACAGCUGGUACAACUAAUUUCUCCAUUAUUAACCAGAGAAAUAAUAGUUUUCACAGUAGAAACAGAUGUGUGCAUUUGAAGUGGAAUUAGAAAAUGAUUUAAUUUAUGGCAAACAAAACAAAAUCAGACACAUUCCAACCACUUUAUAUUCACGUUCAAGGCUAAACCUGAGUCAUGAUAUACACUCACCAGCCACUCCAUUAGGUACACCUGUAAGUUCUAAUGCAAUCCAAUACAACAUCUCUUACACAAAUUCUGCUUCGACCACUCCUUUUUUAAAACUUCUAUAUUCUCAGCUGUCCACAUUAGGGACAUUUUUUAAUGCAAUGCUGUCCAGUCCAACACCACACACUAUGACCUCAGUAACAGAGUAGAAUCAUCACCUUUUUGACAACAUCAGCAGAAAAUGUAGCCGCUUAGUGAAAGUAAAUUUUAUAUCACAGCUGUCAUGUUGUAUUGAUAGACUGUAAAGACUGAGAAACCCUCCGUGAUGUCACCCAAAGUUUUAAAAAUUUAGUGCAGUGACUCUGUUACCAUAUUGGCUCCAACAAAGAGCAAAGAGUAGCGCUGAGGUGCGCCACAUUGAAUGGAUCAGGGUCAUGGACUGUCCCCUGACAGCACCCACCUUCCACACCCUUAAUCAUAUAUUACUUUGAGCCUUUAAUGAAGCAUGAGUUACAUAAAUAUGGACCCCAUCUAUAGUUGUUCUAAACAAGUGAAUUAGCCAUAGAGACCAAACAGCAUGUUUUGUACCAGGCUGGAAACAUGUAUUUCUGCUGUAAAAUUUGGCAUUUUAACAUGGAGGUCUAUAGGAACUGACUCAGUUCUGGAGCCAGCCUCAAGUGGUCAUUAGAGGAACUGCAGUUCUUUGCACGUCCAGGUUGGAUUCAUCUUUCAAACCCUGCAGUUGGUUGGAUUACAUUUGACUUCACAAGUGUACUUUAUACAGUGGCUGGUGAGUCUUCAUAAGGUUCUGUUGUAGUGCGGAUUAAAGUGAAAGUAAACCUACUGUUGGAGAGAAUCCAAUAUUUAAUCACUAAUAUCAAUAGAAAUCUACAUGUACAACGGUAUGGGCUGACUGUUUUGGAAAAAAGGAAGUCCUAAAACAUUGGCAGCAUUGCUGUCACACUAAAUCCAUCAUUUCCAACCAUUUGAUCUUUGUUUUUGAAUUAAGAUUAAAAGCGACAAUGAAAUAAUAACUUCGGGGAGCAAAAAUUAAAAGGCCCUUAAAAAUACAGACUAGUCUCCUUUGAGAAAAAAGAAAAAACAACAACAUAAGGCUCUGGUUUUUCUCUCUCCCCUAAUAGUGUUUUCACAUCCCUAAUUGAGAAAGGUCAUAAAUAAGCAUCAAUUCUUCCAUCCUCUCAAAAAAUAUCUUUACACAUGUUUAACUGUCUGAGUUCAGGUGAAGACCUCUGCUUCGAUGUACAUGAUAAAUCUGUGUCAAAUAUUUUUGAGAACAAAGGAAGGGAAAUUCAGUAUUACAAUUAAAACAGAUGAUUAAGCUGUGUUUGGGACAGUUUACAUCGCAUGAAUAUGGGUCUUCAUCAGAGGUCGACUGGCUGCACUGCAACAUCCACUGUUCAAUGAUUGUUCAGCUAAUGUGUCUUAGCAGGAUUUAAUGCAGCGCAAUGUUGCAAAUGAAUGUUUUAAAAAUGACUAAACACUUGAAGAAAAGCUGCUUGUUAGAGUGCAAAGGAAGGACUGCUGAGCGUCAAGUGUGUGUAAAACAGAAGCUCAUGCAUAUGUAUGGAUUACCCAAGAGUAGUCGGAGACGAUGUUCAAACGAGGAGUGAUUGUGUUAGAAGGGCUUCGGAAAGCUUGAAUCAAAGGGUCGGCCUGCAAAGUGGUAAACACUGUUCGCCGUCGUUGAUGGGAGGUGAACAAACAAGGCUUGUGGGUUUUAAUUAAGUUGUUGUUCUUACGCAGAAAUGACCCUCGCAAGUAUCCAGCCACUGGUAAACACUGCACAAUGCUGUCAGGGAACUCUCACAAGGAUGCGGCGAAAUGGAGGUUUUUUUUUUUUAUCAGACUUCCCUGAGAGCUUUUACGGAAAGAUUCUAUCUGUGAGUUAGAUGCAGUGAGCCGGCAAAUAAAACAUCAAGAAACGGAUACAGUAUCAACACUUUUUUAAGAACGUACUUGUUAAAUUUCAGAGAGAUGCACUGCUGUGGCCUCCUAUCUACAACCUGUAACUCAAACAUGAAUUUCCAUCCUUCGUUUUAUAAAAUCCUGCUCUCUGCCGUGAUGCAGUGAAACAGUGGAGUUGGUGGUACUUUAGGUGUAGCGCUGCCUUAUAUGCAUUAGAAAAAUGAGCCCACAGUAUCAUACUGCUGUAUAAUCUCCACAUUAGAACAUUAAACAAGUAGCCUUUUAAUAGAGAACUCUUUCACAGUUAAAGUUGUGGGACCGGUUGUCUCUGGGACCACUGGUGGAUCGAACUUCUCAGCACAAAUAUCCAGACUGUAUGUAUGUAUGUUAAUGUACAGUAACUGAACAGGAUCGCUCACUGAAAGCUGUCUUUAGAAGAGCACUCCACUGAUUUUUACGACUAUAAUAUUAGCAGUUCCUCUAUAUUUUUAUGCACAUUUUGAAGUAUCGCAUUACAAAAAGUUAAUGGAAGCAGCAAAAUUUGAAAAGUUUCACAGUUUCGCAAAACAGGCUCAUCUGAAGUGGUUUUGAGAGAGUUAGUGGAAGACAGAACCAGCUUUUUUGAAUAAGUUCUAACGUAGAAAACAUUUAUCUCACAUUGCUGAUCACCUGUUUUUUUGCUUCUUACCAGCUGACAUGAGAGACUCAUCACAAAUUUCGUGAUUGAAAUUUUUUUAGUAGAAUGUCGGUCAGAUUUUUCCUCAUAGAUGACAAAGACGUUUUGUUUGUGUCUUCUGCUUCCUCUGUUUGUUUUUUUUUUUUUUUUUUACAGUUGUCAUACAACAGCUUUUCUUUACACUGUUUAGAACAGCCAUGUAGCCUUCACUGCCACCUUCUGACGGCACUAUGUAACCUAGUUUAUUUGCUCCUUAGCAGGUAAUACAAAAAAAAAAGUCUUUAAAAAUGUUUAUUUUUUUUAACAUGUUUUGUGAAACUUCAAAAUUGCGCUUUCAAUUUGCUUGACAGUUAUAUGAACACUAUUGUCAGUCUUGGUGCUGCCUGGUGCCUACAUUACCCACAAUACAACCCAGCCGCUAACAGCUGGUGCAUUAUGCUAGUAGUGGCUAAUGUAACCUUAAGCAGACUUGAGUAGGGGCUUCUCGCUUCUUUCUAACCCCAUAUUUUCAGUUCAAAUGACAAGACUUGAGUCCUUUUAUCAGAUUUUGCACUCUAGAGCUUCGUACAACUUCUUUCAUGUCCAUAGUUGUUCUCUCCAAGACCAGACUCCGGUGUGUUAAAUUGGUGGAGUUCCCCUUUAAGAAACCUUGACAGCAGCUCACUGACAUCCUGUUGAGUUUUUGACCACUAGCAGCGCCAUGGAGCAAUCUUCAUACUCAUGGGUCCCCACUUUGAUCACGUGGCUACAUGUGGUUCUGUUGCUUCAUAGCAAACAAUGCAGCAAAUAUUCAAUCAAAAUCAGCUUUGCAGUUAUUUUACAGAAGGAAAUGCACAAAUCACAUGAGUUAACCCUAAACCUGAACUUCUGAUUGCAGUAAAAAGUCCACAGUAAAAGUUUAAACCUGAAACUUGGUGACCAUUGCUGUCCACCAGGGACUUCUUUGAUUAGAAGUGUUUUUUAAAAUCAUCUCAGGUUCUGUUCAGAAUGCACAAUACAAGCUGUUCAUUGACAAGGAGGGAAAAAAGAAAAAAAAAAAAAACAGGCAAGUGCUUCUCAGAGAGGUUCCUGGUGGACAUGCAGCUUGGUGUGUAGACGUUGUCAUGAUGUGACCACAACAUCCUUUCAAAUCCUCUUCUCACAUUAUCCUCCAGGUGACCCGAGACAUGACACGCGACGGAGGUGAGAUCGGCCUAAACUGUUCUCUUGCCUGUUCUUGUGUACUUUUCUGUCCUUGCCUUAGUCAGCAGUCGGGCCUUAUCUAUCAGUGUCACAGCGAAGAGGGGGGUGAACAAUAAAGUAUGAUGUGUACAGUACCUACACUACCAACA